UGGACGUACGACAUGAGUACAUGAUCUUGAGUUAUUUUUCUUACGAGUUUCUUGACUGUUUUUCUAAAAAAUGUCUGCGACCCGUUUUACUGUUUCAAAGGCGCCGGAUGAUAUAGAAAACGAUGGUGCGGCUGCUACUCCGGAUGUAGAAGUCGUUGGGAAUGAGAAGUCCACAACAAAAUACGCUCGUUUGGUUGAUGGCCGUAACGAUUAUUAUGGCAGUGUGAACAGUAACUGGAGUGAUGGAAGUCGAGCUGAGAUGGCGCCCUUUGUGGACCAAGAGAAGGGUAUCUCUCAAAACAUGGCCCUGUAUGAGGAAGAGAUCGAGAAUCGACCCAAGAUAUCUUCCCUCCUUAACACCUUGGCUAAUUACAAGUCUCUCCCUGAACACACGGAAGAACCUGGAGACAGGAAAUCAGACAGGCCGACGACGAAAGGGGCUCAGAUGGGCACUUUGAUGGGUGUGUAUCUCCCCUGUCUACAGAACAUCCUUGGUGUCAUCCUUUUUAUUCGAUUGUCUUGGAUUGUUGGUACGGCUGGAGCGCUUGAGAGCUUCUUCAUUGUCUUGAUUUCUUGCUGUACCACCUUGUUAACAGCUAUCUCAAUGAGUGCCAUUGCAACCAAUGGCGUUGUACCAGCCGGGGGAUCAUACUUCAUGAUCUCUAGGGCGCUGGGUCCUGAAUGGGGCGGGGCAGUAGGUAUCCUUUUUUACCUCGGUACCACCUUUGCCUCUGCCAUGUACAUCCUAGGAGCUAUCGAAAUCCUCCUGAUAUACAUCGCGCCAAGUAUUUCACUAUUUGGUGACAUCACAGCGCUGGGCGCCAGCCAGAGUUCAGCAAUGCUUAAUAAUAUGAGGGUGUAUGGGACCGGAAUCCUCAUGGUACUCUCCCUGCUGGUGUUCGUCGGUGUCAAGUACGUCAACAAGUGCGCUUUUCUCUUCUUGAUGUGUGUCCUCCUGACGAUACUCAGUAUGUACGUCGGGUACUUCACGCCCCAUGAACUUGCAUUCUGUGAGUUCGAUAAAAACAUAGCCCUGCAGUUUGACUCCAGUGAGGAAAACAACUGUAGCUUUUACAGUGACGGUAACGUGACCGCCCUUGGGGAGAUGUACUGCACCUCCAAUGAAACGGACGGCUGUAAAGAUUACUUUGAGAAGAACGAGGUGCAAUGGCAGAACGGAAUCCCUGGACUUGGCACGGGGCAAUUAUUACGUAAUGCCUUUAAUGAGUACCGAGAUUCAGGAGAUGUGCUUCCUAGGCAGGAGGGAAUCAACAAUCAGGUCGUAGCUGACAUCACCACCUCCUUCUACGUCCUGCUAGCCAUCUUCUUUCCCUCUGUUACCGGUAUUAUGGCGGGUAGUAACAGGUCAGGUGAUUUGAUGGAUGCUCAGUAUUCCAUUCCGAGAGGGACCAUUGCUGCGAUCAUCACAACAAGCCUCAUCUAUCUGACCUCUGUUCUAUUUUUUGCCGGCACAAUAAGAGGGGAGGUUCUACGAGACAAAUAUGGUGAGAGUGUUGGUGGUGUCCUAGUCGCGGCUGCCAUCAGCUUUCCAUCUGAAUGGGUAGUACUGAUCGGGGCCUUCCUCUCCACCGUAGGGGCGGGGCUACAGAGUCUCACCGGUGCGCCCAGGCUCCUACAGGCCAUAGCUAAGGAUAAUAUCAUCCCGUUCCUAGCGGUGUUCGGCCGGGGAUCUAAGACUGGCGAGCCAACGUGGGCUCUAUUACUGACGUUUUGUAUCUCGGAGAUUGGGAUUCUCAUCGCUAGCUUGGAUAUGGUGGCACCUAUCAUCACCAUGUUCUUCUUGAUGUGUUACAUGUUUGUGAAUCUAGCGUGUGCUCUGCAGACCCUACUGAAAACGCCGAACUGGAGACCACGUUUCAAGUGGUACCAUUGGAGUCUAUCCUUCCUCGGUAUGGUCAUGUGUCUUGCACUUAUGUUUAUCUCUAGCUGGUACUACGCCCUAGCCGCCAUAGCAUUAGCAUUCUUUAUAUACAAGGUCAUCGAGUACCAUGGGGCAGAGAAGGAGUGGGGAGAUGGGCUGCGAGGUUUGUCCCUCACUGCCGCUCGGUAUAGUCUGAUGAGGCUGGAGGAACGACCCCCACACACCAAGAAUUGGAGACCUCAGAUUCUGGUCCUAUGCAAACUGAAGGAGGAUUUGACUCCUAAAUACAGACGACUGCUCACCUUUGCAAGUCAACUCAAGGCGGGGCGGGGUUUGUCUCUUGUUUCCUCUGUCAUCGAGGCUGAUUUCCUGACAAAGUUUGGCGAGGCUCAAGCUGCAGAACAGGCGCUUCGGAAAAUGAUGGCGGAAGAGAAAGUGAAAGGUUUCCCAACGGUCCUGAUUUCUAAAGAUGUUUCUGAAGGUCUCCACGCAUGUGUACAGAUGGGUGGAUUGGGAGGUCUAAAGCACAACACUGUGGUUGUAGGAUGGCCUUAUGGAUGGCGCCAAUCUACCGAAGAUAAAUCAUGGAAAGUAUUCCUUGAUACCGUUCGUGCCGUGUCGGCAUCCCACAAUGCAUUGCUGGUACCAAAGAACGUGUAUAACUUCCCUAGCAACAAGGACAAGUUUGAGGGCGGCACCAUUGAUGUCUGGUGGAUUGUUCAUGACGGUGGGAUGUUGGUACUUCUCCCCUUCCUUCUUCGACAGCACAAGGUCUGGAAGAACUGCAAAAUGAGGAUAUUCACUGUGGCACAACUUGAGGAUAAUAGUAUGAAGAUGAUCAAAGAUCUCAAGACGUUCCUCUAUCAUCUUAGGAUUGAAGCUGAGGUAGAGGUGGUUGAGAUGCCGGACGGUACGAUUGCAGCGUAUACAUUUGAAAGGACGAUAAUGAUGGAGCAGAGAUCACAACUCCUUCGCCAGAUGAAACUCAGCAGGAAGGAGAGCCGUAUGGUGGCGCAAUCACUCGUUGACGAGGCUCACGUUCCGAAGGUGAUUAAAAGAGACACCUCCAACGACAAGAAGGUGACCUUCUCAGAGGAAGAUCCGACCGCUUCCCCCUUUGACAAGCCGGAGUUCUUAGAAGAUGGAGAAGAAGAUUUGAUAUAUGAGGCACCAAGCGAUGACACAGUGGAGGGAGAGACCGUUGAUGCUGAGAAAAAGCCAGCAGAUGCCUCCAAUGUUAAGCCGCAGUUGAGGAGGGAGCCAUCUGUGAGUAAUGUUGAGCGAAUGCACAACGCUGUGAGGUUGAAUGAGGUCAUCGUGGAUCGCUCCCACAAGGCUAACCUAGUCAUCCUUAACCUUCCCGGACCACCAAGGAAGAAAUAUCGAGAGCAAUACUAUAUGGAAUAUCUUGAGGUGUUGACUGAGGGUCUAGAGAGAGUCUUAAUGGUACGAGGAGGAGGUAGAGAAGUCAUCACCAUCUACUCUUAAGAUAUGUAUCAAUUCAAAGCCUUAACCCAUGAAAAGUUGCUACUGAAAUGAAUAGGAACAUCACUGCAGAUCCUUUACCCACAGUUUCAAAGCCUCCCAUGAGUGACCUUCAGCUGCGGAAAACGUCUAAGGCCCAUGUUUUGUUUUCUUUUGUUUUGAUUCUCAGUUAACCUAUGGUGCCUUUUCAGUUUCAUCAUUGUAUCUGUUUCUUUGUUAGUUAAACUCAUAGUGUAUCCAUGUAAAUAGUUUUUCGGCUUAUCAGUAUAAUAAUGAAGAACAGUACACAUUGUAUUAUCUUCGAGCAAACUUGAAUACUCCCUUCUGAUUGGCCAAUUCAAAGCAACAAGAGUCUGAUAUAAACCUAUAAUGAACGGACCAUAUCAAACCAAGUUCUAAAAUGCACUUGUUAAAUAAUGAUAAGAAUAGUGACCAAGACCACCCCCCCCCUUUCUCUCUCGGAAUUCUUCGCCCGCCCCCAUGAGAGUGAUAAGUUAUAAACAUUACAUAGCGACCCACCCCCACCCUCCACCCCACUUUCCUGCCCGCAUUUUCUGUCGUUCCCCGCUUGCCCCCCUCCCCCCCCCUAAAAAAUACGCUCCUGACACUGUCUAAGAUGUGCAGCUACCUCAAUACCACAUCAGUAUCAGAGAUGGUUGCAAAGAUAUAUUUUUAUGGUGUCAGUUCUGUUUAAAUCAAUAUUGUUAAAAGUUGUCGUAAAUUUGUAUUGCCUGUAUGGCGGAAAUCAUAGAAAUACAACACGAAGAAUGCUGUUUUUGUAGUUAUCUGUGUGCUUCUGCUUAAAGCAAUUUGGCGCUUACGGAAGCAGGGAUUUCUGUGCUUACGGCAUUUUUCACAUAUUUUCAAAUAUUUCACGGGUUAGUGGCAAGUUUUGGCUUCUGUGUGUGCGUACUUCACAUUACUAGGUAUUCUACGCUUACUAGGCUAGCGCACGUUGGUGGGGAAUCGUGAUCGUAAGCGCAGAAUUCGGCGGUAAGCAGAGCCUUGAAAUUGGGCCCAGCAUAUGUUGCCAUUCGCAUCUCGCAUGAAAAUGCUCAAUGCAACAAUGUUGAUCUUGGCGCAUAGGCCUACUUGUUAAAAUACAAUAUUUUGAGACAUUUUCAAGCUCGUGGCUGUUAAACGUAAGUGCUAUUUUAGGAGAAAACUUGUUUGCACUUCCUUGACGCAAUGUACCUUGUUCAAUUAUUGUUAAUUUUUUUGACAAUGGUUAUGUAAAAGGUGCUGUUAAAAAGUUCACUUGAAAAGUAGCUGUUUUAAAGAUUAAAAAAAGUAGAUAAAUAAAUAAAUAAAAUCAGCAUGUGUUAUGAAUUGAAAAUGUAUUUUUACUGAAUUGUAAGUGCAGACAAAUGUAUAUUUUUAUGUAGUUGUUAGUAUGUAAAUAGGGUCUGUUUGUGUUGAAAAAGAUCUGUACAAAAUGUUUGCUAAUUAAUUUGAAUGAGUUGAGUAUUUUUAAGGAAACAAAUGAAGGUCUCUGUCUGCAUUUAUUGAUGGUGCUAUGCUUGUUAAACACUCCUUAAUAUUACCCAAAGCCAUUUUUUCUCAUUAGCCCCAAAAGAGGAUCAUUUUUGUAGUUCAUAAAGUUGAUGUUAUGCAUUAGUUAUGUUUUAAUGAUAGUAAAACCAUGUUUGUAUAGUGAACAUAUCUAGGAGUUCCUUGGGCCGUUACAAAUUCAACAGACAGUGUCUUGACUCAGGUUUUGAUUGUUCUGAUGUCUUUGCCUGUAUGACAAUAUGGUAUUUGUUUCAUAAAAAAUGCACAGCAUCUAAAGGAACACGUUGCCUUGGAUCGGUCGAGUUGGUCUUUGAAAAGCG